CAUGAAUAUUGGGAAACACUGCUCAUUAACGUCUUGUAAAAGAUUAGAUUUUCUUCCAUUUCCAUGCCAAUUCUGUAAGGAAAUUUUCUGUAAAGAUCAUAGAGAGCCAGAAAUUCACCUAUGUUCAAAUUAUAAAAGUAAUGACUUAGAAGAAGCUCGGAAUAAACAAGUAUUGGGCACAUUUCCCUGUAGUUUCAUACGUUGUGAAAAAAAAGAGGUAACAGAAAUUGAAUGCGAAAUAUGCCAUGGAUGCUUUUGCUUCAAGCACAGAAACCCGUUAGAUCAUAAAUGUGCUGUGGAGGAAAGCACCAGCAAAAGAACUCCCGAGUUGAAAAUUCAAAAACAACCGCCACAAGUUAAAAAUACAAAUUUUAAAAGCGCUAAGCAGAGAAAUCUAGCUGCCAAAGUGGCUUUAAUGAAAAUUAAGAUGUCAGCUAUCGGAAACAAAUCUAUCCCUCAGGAAGACCGAUUCUUCUUAAAUAUAAUUCUACCAGAGUCUUCACAGCAUUCUUCAAAGCCUUUUUAUUUUACAAAACAUUGGACAAUAGGACGAAUGAUAGAUUAUGUUGCGAGUGAAGUUAAAUUAGAAAAUGAAAACAACAAGUCUGGUUCGUCAAAGAAGUUAUGUGUCUUCGACGGGUUUGAUAGUGAGAAGAAGUAUCCAGCAGAAGUAGAAUUAUCCAACAUAAGUGAUUUACCCAGCGGCUCUACAUUAAUCUUUAAAUAUGGGGGAAGCAAGUUCAUUGAUAAAUUGCGUGUUUACGUAAAAGGAGGUAAAGGUGGUGAUGGGCUUUCUAGCUUUGGAGGAGUUGGAGGCAAAGGAGGUAAUGUUUAUGUAGUUGGAAGUGAAACUGCUACUCUGAAAAAAUUAGACGAGUUGUCACCAGCAAAACGGUUUCUAGCUGAAGGAGGGAAGAAAAGCAGGAAGACGGAGUUAUUAGGGAGACGGGGGAAAAGUAUUGAAAUUCCUGUUCCUAUAGGGAUAACUGUAAGAUUGGAUGAUAACUCUGUUAUAGGAGAAGUCAACAGGCGAAAUGAAAGAGUGUUAGUCUCAAAAGGUGGUGAAGGGGGGCAAGAGAAGAACAACUUUCUUGGUCAGAAGGGGGAGGCCAGAUCUGUUAGUCUGGAUUUAAAACUUAUAGCAGAUAUAGGACUAGUUGGCUUCCCAAAUGCAGGAAAGUCUACAAUACUGUCAGCUAUUUCAAGAGCUAGACCCCGGAUUGCUUCAUAUCCUUUUACAACUUUACGGCCUCAACUGGGAAUAAUGCAAUAUUCAGAUUUAAGAAAAAUCAGCAUUGCAGACCUGCCAGGAUUAGUUGAAGGAGCCCAUCUUAAUGUAGGAAUGGGCCACAAGUUCCUAAAACAUGUUGAAAGAACAAAGUUACUUUUAUUUCUCGUUGAUGUCUAUGGUUUUCAACUAUCAGCAGCUCAUCCUUGUCGAUCAGCAAUAGAAAAUAUCAUCUUCUUAAUUAAAGAAUUAGAAUUGUUUAAUCCUAGCCUUUUGGAGAAGCCAGCAGUUCUCGCCAUUAACAAAAUCGAUUUAGCUAAUGCCUCUGAUCAAGCGGAUUUAAUUGCAAAACAGGCUUUAAGCGUUGAGAGUUAUUUUGACAAAGUUCCUGAGGAAUAUGUUCCCUCGCGAUCGUUUAGGUUUGAUAAAAUUUACAAUAUAUCAGCCAAAGAGCGAAUAGGUACGGAGGAAUUGAAAAUUAGUUUAAGAGAACUAUUAGACUAUUAUGCUGAUAAAGACAAUGAGAAAAAAAUGAACUUUAAAACGCCUGCACAAGGGCGAAAACUAUUUAUUUGA